GUCAGGCUGCGCCCAUAGACUGAACACAUCAACAAAGGACUAGACAUUUCUCUUCGCAGUAUAACCGUGCUACCUAACAGAAUGAAUGUGGGUGUGGCACACAGUGAAGUGAACCCAAACACCCGGGUCAUGAACAGUCGAGGGAUCUGGCUCACGUACACACUUGGUGUUGGAAUACUUCACAUUGUGCUCUUGAGCAUACCGUUCUUCAGCGUGCCAGUGGUGUGGACUCUGACUAACGUCAUACACAACUUUGGAAUGUACGUGUUUAUGCAUGCAGUGAAAGGGACGCCCUUUGAGACCCCUGACCAAGGAAAGGCCAGACUUCUUACACACUGGGAGCAGCUCGAUUACGGCAUGCAGUUCACGUCUUCUAGAAAAUUCUUCACCAUUUCUCCAAUAAUUUUAUAUUUUUUGGCAAGUUUCUACACAAAAUAUGACACAGCGCACUUCUUCAUAAACACUACUUCCCUUUUAAGCGUGCUGAUCCCCAAGCUACCACAACUGCAUGGAGUGAGAAUCUUUGGGAUCAACAAAUACUAAGUAUGGAUCAGGUCUGUUCUGUUAAACCUGCGUGUGUGAUAUGUUGUGCAGUUAAUGACAUGAAUUUCAUUGUCACUGAAAUCACUGAGAUAAAAACAUUUUAAAGUGGAAACUUUUGAAGACCGACUGCAAUGUGCAUUUUUAACUCGUGUUUAACACUUAAUGAUGUGUUUUGGUGUGGGCUGACCUGGGCUGGCCCGGGUAUCAGGAGGCUUUUUUUUUUAAAUCUGUAGGAUUUUGAUUAUCCGCUGCUUAUUUUGUAAGUUAUAAAUAUGUGAACAGGGUGUUGCAAUGGGGUAAACUUACACAAUUGUUCAUGUACACACACACACGUGUAUAUAUAUAUAUAUCUAUAUAUAUAUAUAUGUGUGUGUGUGUGUGUGUGUGUGUGUGUGUGUAUGUAUGUGUGUGUUUUUUUUAUCUGACUUGAAUUCACUUGGUGAGACAAAUUGUUAUGAAAUUUGUUUGGAGCCAUGGCAAUAUCCCAAAUGUAUUUUUCAAAAAUGUUUACUUAGUAAGAGUCAGAGCUGUGUCUCUAUGUUGGUACAUUGGUUUCAUAAAGGUUCUCAAAUUGGAACAAGACAGCUCCAGUCUGAGAAUGAGAAUAUUCACGGACAUCAUGACAUUAUUAGUAAUUGCCCCUGCAUUUGACUGUUUGCAUUUUUUUUUUU